AUGCAUCACAUUUUGGAGUACAGAGUAGAUAAGAAGUCUCACUCAGUCUAUCGCCUUGCAGUCCAUCUACCUCGAGAACAGCAGGUCACCUUCCGAGCUGGAGAGGAGCAACAAGCUAUCCAUCGUGCGGCUGUGCGUCACACUACAUUGACUGCGUGGUUCAAGGCCAAUGCGGAUUGCGAAGCGACCGUAAACAGCGGUGCGAUCCCAGCAGGGUUCAUCGACAUUCGUCGCUAUCUCUACACGGAGCUGCCUACGUAUUUUACAUUUAAGCAGGAUGGUACGUGGACUGCCCGACGUCGAGGCGGCAAUCAGCUGGGUCGAAUGUACACGGUAUCUCCUCGCGACACGGAACGAUACGCUCUUAGACAUCUUCUUCUAUGUGUUCGCGGAGCCACAUCAUUUGAAAAACUGCGUACUGUCGUCGACGAAAAUGGCAAUGCGGUUGUACAUCCCACCUUCUAUGCUGCAGCCACAGCUCUAGGACUUUUUGAUGAUGACGAAUCCCACAUUGCCACUCUACGGGAAGCUGCGCUAUUCGCUACAGCUUUGCAAAUGCGGGCUCUUUUUGUCUCUGUGCUUGCAUUUAUGGAAGUGAAGGACCCGGCGUUGUUGUGGAACACUUUUAAGAGGAAUUUCAUCGACGACUACCUUCACGAAGGCAUGUCCGAAGAGGAAGCCAUUGCCGCAGCCUAUUACGAUCUUGAGGAGCGACUUAUCAAGAGCAAUAUCAACAUUGCUUCAUUCAACAUUCCCACACCGUCGUUAGGCCGUCGUCCCAUGACUCAUGCGUACGAUACUGCAUUUUGCUCAGCCGAAGACUAUCCCUUCCUCUCCAUUGGACCACUGGUCUAUUGUACGGUGUCAAAAUUACGGAGUAGACGACUGUACUGCCCCAGGGGUUAA